AUGAACCUCGAUUUCUAGAGGCAUUCAUACCGUCAGAUGGCUCAUGACCGACACUCAAAAACUUCUGGCACGCCCGUGUUAAUCAAGAGAAGCUGUUUGAGUCGAUAUUACCUGUCCAGAACUGAUUGAUCAUCACGAUACUCUCACAGGUCAGCGCUGAAACACUACCGCAUGAUCCUGGAGGGCUCAUCGGCCGCGGGGCAGAAUGUUCCGAGUCUAUAAGUGCGGAUGUCGAACGCCACCGAGAAUCCUAUCAUUCUCGACAUAUCGUCGAGCUAUGGGGCGUUGCUUGUAGGUUCCUUGCUCUCGUGCGUGAUCUGGGGAAUGUCAUGUAUGCAGACAUUUCUUUAUUUCAUGAACUACGAGUCGGAUUCGUGGUAUAUGAAGAUUCUGGUCAUGACUCUAUGGUGUCUUGAUACCUCUAACGAGAUCCUCUGCAUCAAGUCUUUGUGGCCGGUCCUCGUCCUGAACUACGGAAAAAUUGAAGGGCUUAAGAUAAUACAGAAGGAGCUCAUGCACCAUGUUUGGGUAGUUGGUAUUCUGUCUACCACUGUGCAGGCUUACUUCCUGCGCCGUAUUUAUAUAUUUAGCGGUCGUAAGAGACCAUGGUUAUGGUUUUGUUCCUUGCUGGGCUUCCUCGCUUCGUGGCAAUUCAUUGGAGCUAUUCCCUAUGAUUACUUUUCGCUGGGGACUACACAACUCGCAGAGCUAUCCACGCAAAAGAUGGUUGGCCUCGCCGUCUCAAAUCGUGCCUGUAGCGCCUUCGUGGAUAUCUGCAUCAGCAUAUCCAUGACAUGGCUUCUCACCCGAAGACCAGCCCCCAGGUUCGAACGCACUAGAAGAACGAUCUACCGCCUCGUCUUGAUCACGAUAAACAGCGGCGUAUGGACCGCCGUAUCCGCCAUCCUCGUCCUCGCACCCAUGGCCGCCAUGCCCUCAACGCUCUACUACACAAUGUUCGAGCUCCCAAUCGGCUCCCUCUACUUCAGCACCCUCCUCGCCAACCUAAACUCCCGACGCUACGUCCUCGGCGACGGCGGGAUCUGGGCCACCCGCACCAUCGCACACACGCAGACGGAGACGACUUCGGGCUCAGGGUCUGGUGGUGCAGGUGCAGGCGUCGAAGGGGCGGUGAGGAUGAUCCCGGUCGAUACGGGGAGGAGGGGGAGUAGGGGUUUGGGUUUGGGUUUGGGUUUUGGAGGGAGGGCUGCUGUUACUGUUCAGGGGAGGAGAGCGGAGGAAUUGGAGGGGGAGGGGAGGAGGGGGGUUUUGACACAUCAUGAUGCGGGUAUCAUGAUCAAGGUCGAUACGGACGUCCAGCGGGAUGUGGACGGUGCAGAAUCCGAACUCGAAAUGGACGAUCAUCCACGGAUGACUUCGAAGGGACAAGAUGACUACGUGUAA